GAACAUUUGCUUAUGCGGGCAGCCAACUCGGCGCGGUGAUCACAAUGCCGAUUGCUGGAGUUCUCGCUGCAUCCAACAGUGGUUGGCCCAGUAUCUUUUACAUAUUCGGUGUAUUAGCGAUUAUCUGGAGCAUAGCGUUCCUUUAUUUUGGAGCAGACACACCGUCCAUUCAUCGCAGUAUUUCUCCGGAGGAGAGGAUGUAUAUAGAAGACAGUUUGAGGACAACUGAAGCGAAAAGCGAUGACGAGGUCAAACAGAAACUGAAAACACCGUGGAAGCACAUAUUCACUUCGCUACCUAUGUGGGCUAUCAUAAUAGCCCACUCCACGCAAAAUUGGGGAGGAACGACUUUAUCGACGCAAAUACCGAGUUACAUAACAGGCGUGUUGAAUUUCAAUGUCAAAGAGAGUGGUAUAAUUUCCGCUUUGCCAUACUCGGUGAAGUUUAUUCUUACCUUUCCCAUAAGCUGGCUAUCCGACUUUGCAUUGAAGAAAGGUGCGGCCAGGGGUACAAUUAGAAAGAUUUGCAACACAGUGGCUUAUUGGGGUCCGGCUAUCGCUCUGGCAUGUAUGAGCGUCGUACCCACCGAUGGUUAUAUAUGGGCCAUUGUCAUCCUUGUUCUGGCAGUAAGUCUGAACGCUGGGGGUUUAAGCGGCUUCCUCAUCAAUCAUAUAGAUCUUAGCCCAAACUUUGCUGGGACCAUGGUAUCCAUCACCAAUACCUUUGCCACCGUCAUCUCUAUUAUCGCGCCACUAAUAUGUGCUAUCAUCGUCACCGACGAGAGUAACGUGUAUCAGUGGAACAUCGUGUUCUACGUCUCAGCGGCGCUUUUCUUUCUAGGUAAUUUGGUGUUUGUGAUAUUCGGCAAAGGCGAGAUACAAUGGUGGAAUGACCCAAAAGCACAACAGCCGAAACGAAAGGAGAAAAAAGAGAACGAAACGCACAUUUAAAAUUUUAUAAAAUUAACUUUGAUACGCUCUUGUGAAAUUUUUGUAACUUGUCAUUGGACUAAAUCCUACGGCAAGUUAUAAAAUAUGCGGGUGUGUAAUGUAGGGGAAACCGGGGCUAAAAGUAACACGGGUAAGUUGUCACAAAGCUUAUAUCUCACUUAAUAGAUUGAGUGGAAUAUUUUUCUUUAUAGUAUAGGUUGCUCCUAUCGUGUUAGUCGGGUGCACGAAAUAGCUCGUUUCAAAAACAUCGCAUGUAAUAUUUACGAGCACUUUUUA